AUGGAAAAGAAGGAUAGUGAUUCCAUAAUUUGCAUUGGAAUAGAUUCUGAUGAAUCCGAUGACUUAUUUGCCAAAAUUAACAUUUCAUCGGAGCAGCACCCUCCUGAGUGGCCGGGAUGUUGUAUCUACAGGGUUCACCAGAAACUACGCAAGAUAAAUGAAAAAGCCUACACCCCGAAGUUAAUCUCAAUAGGGCCCUUUCAUCAUAGUGGAAAUGAAUUCAAGGACAUGGAAAAGCACAAGGUGAGAUAUUUUGAGGAUUUCUUGAAACGAACCAGGAAGAGGAAGGAAGAUCUUCUGGAGAUCAUUAAAGUCGAGGAAGAAAAAAUCAGUCAUUGCUAUUCAGAAAAACAGAUAAGUUUUUGUUAUUCAAAAGACUGUAUGCUCGAAAGUGAUAAUCAUUUUGUGAAAAUGAUUCUAUUGGAUGCCGUCUUUAUAAUUGAGCUCUUCUUAAAGGUUCAAGCCUACAAAGUAAGAAAAAAUGAAGAUCAAGAUUAUAUUCUACGGAAACCAUGGCUGUUAACUGGUAUAGCAUAUGACUUGAUAUUACUCGAGAAUCAAGUUCCUUUCUUUAUUCUUGAGAAAUUAUUUAUGUCCGCCUACAAUAUUGUUUCUCCCUGUUACAACCAUGGCGGAGAGGAUGCUCCCUUUGUUAAGCUCUCCCGCAAUUUCUUUGAACCCUAUGAUAAUGAUAAGGAGUCCAUCAUCGACAAGGAAGUAAAACAUUUCACAGAUUUGCUAAGAUACUUUUUAUGUCCAAAACAAGACCUGAAGAUGAAAGUACCAGACCUGAAGAUGAAACCUCACAAAGAUUGUCUGGAUAAUCAUCCAUCCAACAAAGAAAAAGGUCUGGAUAAUCGAAUAUGUGCCACAAAGCUUGAGGAUGCAGGAUUGAAAUUCAAAGGUAUAUAUCAUAAACGCUUACUAGAUAUAGGAUUCAUUACGAAUCCUUGCUUGAGAAUAUUUCCGUGCUUCAAUUUGUCAUGGCUCUUGGCUUGCUUACCAUGCUUGAAAAAGAUCUCAUUACUGAAGCGUAUGCGGCCUAUCUUGGAAGUCCCAGUCUUUGUGAUUAACGACUAUACUGAAGUUAUUUUCCGAAAUCUCGUCGCUCUGGAGCAGUGUCAUUACCCAUCUAAAACUUACAUCUGCAAUUAUACUGCGCUAUUGGUCUUUCUAAUCAACAGUGUAGAAGAUGUGGAUUUGCUCGUUGAGAAAAGGAUCAUUGAUAACCGUAUCGGUAGCAACAAAGCAGUGGCGGAACUAAUUUCCAAACUUUGCGAAGUUUGCGUUGAUAUUGUGGGUACUCCUCAAUCCUAUUACUCCGAUAUAGAUGAAGAAAUUAGGACGUACAGUGACAGCCAAUGGAACCGCCACAUGGGAAACAUUAAAAGAAAGUAUUUCUCUGAUUUUUGGAAAGGCGCUGCAACAAUAUUUGGAGCUUUUGUCUUGCUUCACCAGUUAUGGGGUUGGGUUCGGCCUUUUGUGAUGGACAAAUAA